AUGUGGGGAGACCCUGGAGGCCAGGUCUGUUUUGAACAACUUAACGGAGGAGUGUCAAGAGCUCAGUCUGAGGGUGACUGGCUCCAUUGCUUUGGGGUCUGUGGCAAGACAGUAUCACAAGAGCAGCAGCCAUUGAAAGAGGAUAUCGAGAACCAGAGGAAGCAGGAAGGAUCACUCGGAGUUGAAGCUGUUGUUUUCCAUCCCACGCCCAAGGUCCCCAUGUCCCUGAGAAGGGCAAGUAAUGGGAUAAGCACAUGCGCACUUCCAUCCAUCGAUUCUCCUGUCAAUAUCCUAAUUGCUUUCCUAACCAAGUUUUAUGACUCAGAGUUAAUGCCACGGAUACUCAUGAUGAUAGAUGAAUGUGACCUUUCAGAACCUGACUUCAAUACCCAGAAUCCACCUUUUAACAAAGAUGCCAGGCAUGGCUGUGUGUUUUUGGAAUCCCAGUUCUGUGGGAUGGACUGUGCAGUCCAAGAGCACCUGAGACCUUCUUCUUCCAUCUCCUGUGCCGGGAAACCAGUCACUCUACGUAUGAUUGACUUGUAUGUAUGUGCUGGAGAUACAGCUGCAGGUUCUCAUGCUUGUGCGACAAUCACUUUACCAUUGAAUCCUCUCACCAGCCCCAGAUUCAUGUUUCGCAAGAGAACCCAUUGGGAUGCUUCUUCUUCAUCCCAUGUGAGCACAGGACAGAAAGAUGUCUCUGACCCAGAUGUGUUACCCACAGAGCAAAGGAAUAAGGAACCAAUGGUCUGUGUGGUGAACGGAAGACGAGGGCAUGUAUCAGAACAAGAGGACAGAACCAGCUCAGGCAAAUCCAAAUCAGGUGAACUUACACCCGCAGGGGGACGUCCUCUUGAAACUGCCAUUGUGAAGUGUGACUUUUACCAUGCUAAGGAAAACCUAAGGAUCCUGGCUUUACAGGGUCUCCCACUGAACCUGGCCAACCUGCGUUUCACUAGGCUUGACUUUCUGCCCAGCAAACCACUAGGGUCCUCCAGUCUCUACACAGCACUGGAACUAGAGCUGCAUGCCGCUUCUCCAGGCAUGGGUGUUGGAGACAGGACUUGGGUCCUUGUGCUUGUACAUCCAGCCCUUCUAUAUUUCAAACUUGACCAUUUCCCAACAUCUCUUCAACAAGUCUCAGAGUAUGGGGAGCCAUCAGAAGAAAUAGAAUCAGAAAGAUAUCUCUCAAAAUCGUUUAGGUUCCUCCUGCCCGUCAAAGUGAAGGAGGACAAAGAGGUCUUUAUAAUAAUGGGAGCUGGCCAGUUCCUACUUCACAACCUGGAGAUUGUUGCAACGUUCCACGUGACUGUUCAAGAUGACAACAGCAUUGUUGUGUCUUUAGAAGCUUCCGAUGUCGUCAGCCCAGCGUCUGUGUAUGUUGUGAGGGUCGCUGGCGAGUCCAAAAAUUAUUUCUUCGAAUUUGAGCCAUUCAACAGCACACUGCCUCCUCCUGUGGUCUUCAAGGCCACUUAUCAUGGUCUUUAUUACAUCAUCACUCUGGUGGUAGUCAACGGGAACGUGGUCACCAAACCCUCCAGAUCAAUCACCGUGUUGACAAAACCUUUGCCUGUAACCAGUGUCUCCAUAUACGACUACAAACCUUCUCCUGAAACACGAGUACUGUUUGAAAUUCACUAUCCGGAAAAAUACAACGUGUUCAGCAGAGUAAACAUCAGCUACUGGGAAGGCAGGGACUUCAGGACGAUGCUCUACAAAGACUUCUUUAAGGGGAAAACAGUAUUUAACCACUGGCUACCAGGAAUAUGUUACAGCAACAUAACCUUUCAGUUGGUAUCUGAGGCAACGUUUAACAAAAGUACUCUGGUAGAGUACAGCGGUGUGGGCCAUGAACCCAAGCAACACAGAACGGCUCCAUAUCCUCCGCGAAAUAUCUCCGUUCGCUUUGUCAACUUGAACAAGAACUGGGAAGAGCCAAGUGGGAGCUUCCCGGAUGACUCAUUCCUCAAACGGCAGGAUACAACUGGAAGGGACAGACUCUUCCAUUUCCCGGAAGAAACUCCAGAGACUCCACCCAGCAAUGUGUCUUCCGGUUGGCCUGACCUAAACGGCACGGACUAUGAAAGCACAUCUCAACCCUACUGGUGGGACAGCGCGUCUGCGACCCCCGAGAACGAGGAGGACUUCGUCAGCGUGCUGCCUGUGGACUAUGAGAGCGACACCACACUCAGCCGGACAGAGAAGCCCACGUCUGACCCUUUCUCAGCCUUCCCGGUGCAGAUGACGCUGAGCUGGUUACCGCCCAAACCGCCCACAGCCUUCGAUGGGUUCAAUAUCCUCAUAGAGAGGGAAGAGAACUUUACUGACUAUUUGACAGUGGAUGAAGAAGCCCACGAGUUUGUUGCAGAACUGAAGGAGCCUGGGAAAUACAAACUCUCGGUGACAACCUUUAGUUCCUCAGGAGUCUGUGAGCCUCGGAAAAGCCAGUCAGCGAAGUCGCUCAGCUUUUAUAUCAGCCCUACAGGAGAGUGGAUGGAGGAGCUGACCGAGAAGCCCCAGCACGUGAGUGUCCACGUCUUAAGCUCAACCACAGCGGUGAUGUCGUGGACAUCUUCGCAGGAGAACUACAACAGCACCAUUGUGUCUGUGGUGUCCCUGACCUGCCAGAAGCAGAAGGAGAGCCAGCGGCUAGAGAAGCAGUACUGUACCCAGGUGAACUCAAGCAAACCUAUUAUUGAGAAUCUGGUUCCCGGUGCCCAGUACCAGGUUGUGAUGUACCUAAGAAAAGGCCCUCUGAUUGGGCCACCAUCUGAUCCUGUGACAUUUGCCAUUGUUCCCACUGGGAUAAAGGACUUAAUGCUCUAUGCCUUGGGUCCCACGGCAGUAGUACUGAGCUGGACCCGACCUUACUUGGGAGUGUUCAGAAAAUACGUGGUUGAAAUGUUUUAUUUCAACCCUACCACCAUGACCUCAGAGUGGACAACCUACUACGAAAUAGCAGCGACCGUCUCUUUAACAGCAUCUGUGAGAAUAGCAAAUUUAUUGCCAGCGUGGUACUACAACUUUCGGGUAACCAUGGUUACGUGGGGAGAUCCAGAAUUGAGCUGUUGUGACAGUUCCACCAUCAGCUUCAUAACAGCUCCCGUGGCUCCAGACAUCACCUCUGUGGAGUACUACAACAGCCUGCUGUACAUCAGUUGGACCUAUGGGGAUGACCACACUGACCUGUCCCAUUCUAGGAUGCUGCACUGGAUGGUGGUGGCAGAAGGGAAGAAGAAAAUUAAAAAGAGUGUAACACGCAACGUCAUGACUGCCAUUCUCAGCCUGCCUCCAGGAGAUAUCUACAACCUCUCUGUCACAGCCUGCACUGAGAGAGGGAGCAACACUUCCAUGCUCCGCCUUGUCAAGCUAGAACCAGCCCCUCCGAAAUCACUCUUUGCAGUGAACAAAACACAGACGUCGGUGACUCUUCUGUGGGUGGAAGAGGGUGUUGCUGAUUUCUUUGAAGUCCUCUGUCAACAGCUCGGCUCUAGCCAUGAUGUCAAACUCCAGGAACCCAUAGCUGUUUCCUCCCACGUCGUGACCAUCUCGAGCCUGCUUCCAGCCACUGCCUACAACUGCAGCAUCACCAGCUUCAGCCACAACAGUCCCAGCGUCCCCACGUUCAUAGCUGUCUCUACAAUGGUUACAGAGAUGAACCCUAACGUGGUGGUGAUCUCAGUGCUGGCCAUCCUCAGUACACUCUUAAUUGGACUGCUGUUAGUGACCCUUAUCAUUCUUAGAAAGAAGCACCUGCAGAUGGCUAGGGAGUGCGGAGCUGGAACAUUUGUCAAUUUCGCAUCCUUGGAGAGGGAAGGGAAACUUCCCUACAGCUGGCGUAGGAGUGUGUUUGCUUUCUUAACCCUGCUGCCUUCAUGUCUUUGGACUGAUUAUCUUUUGGCAUUUUAUAUUAACCCUUGGAGUAAAAAUGGCUUAAGGAAGAGGAAGCUGACGAACCCAGUUCAGCUGGAUGACUUUGAUUCUUACAUCAAGGAUAUGGCCAAGGACUCUGACUAUAAAUUCUCUCUUCAAUUUGAGGAGUUGAAACUGAUCGGACUGGAUAUUCCACAUUUCGCUGCAGAUCUUCCACUGAACCGAUGCAAAAACCGCUACACGAACAUCCUGCCAUAUGACUUCAGCCGAGUGAGACUAGUAUCCAUGAAUGAAGAGGAAGGAGCAGACUACAUUAAUGCCAACUAUAUCCCUGGAUACAACUCGCCGCAGGAGUACAUCGCCACGCAGGGGCCACUGCCGGAAACCAGAAACGAUUUCUGGAAGAUGGUCCUCCAGCAGAAGUCUCAUAUCAUCGUCAUGCUCACUCAAUGCAAUGAGAAAAGGAGGGUAAAAUGUGACCACUACUGGCCAUUCACACAAGAACCCAUCGCUUAUGGUGACAUCACCGUGGAGAUGAUCUCUGAGGAAGAACAGGACGACUGGGCCAGCAGACACUUCCGGAUCAAUUAUGCUGAUGAGGCACAAGACGUCAUGCAUUUCAACUACACGGCCUGGCCUGAUCACGGUGUGCCUCCAGCAAAUGCUGCCGAAAGCAUCCUACAGUUUGUAUUCAUGGUCCGACAGCAAGCCACCAAGAGCAAAGGGCCCAUGAUCAUCCACUGCAGUGCCGGUGUGGGACGAACAGGAACCUUCAUUGCCCUGGACAGGCUCUUGCAGCACAUUCGAGACCAUGAAUUUGUGGACAUCUUAGGACUGGUUUCGGAAAUGAGGUCAUACCGGAUGUCAAUGGUCCAGACAGAGGAGCAGUACAUCUUUAUCCAUCAGUGUGUGCAGCUGAUGUGGCUGAGGAAGAAGCAACAGUUCUGCAUCAGCGAUGUCAUCUAUGAGAACGUCAGCAAGUCCUAGUUCUGGAUCCAGAGCCGUAAGAAGAGAAGCUCUUAGUGUGAGGACAUCGUAUCUACCCAUGCUCUCUAGUUUCCAGAGUUUUCGUAGGGGCUCUUUACCUAAAUUGAGUCCCUGCUGUGUAGUACAUGGCCAAGGAGGUGAUCUCCCUCCUAGAAUCCAGACUUAGCCUUAAGGAGCUUAUGGUAUCUUUUGGAAUCUUCACUUCUGGACGUCUGAUGGACCAAACUCGCAAGGAUUCCAGGAAUGUCAAAACGCUCCGCAAAGGGCAGGGAGCACAGCGCUACCUGACAGUUUAGUUGGCCCUUUGCUGCUUGGGCUGGGCUGAUUUUUUUAAGUGCAAUAAUUUUUGUAUAAUUGUGAUUUUAUCAGAACGUUGAAUUGUUAUCUGCCCACACCAUUGAUCAACGCCACAGCCCUGGAAAGAACCAACAUUACUACAGAGGUAUACCUCACUACUGAAGAGGCACAGCCACACAGGAAGAAGCGAUAAAUCUACUUCAAAGAAAAUGAGCGAGAAUGACCCACGCUCCAACCUUGAAGCUACGGGAUCAGGAAUGGGUGGGCAGAUGGGGGAGAAAGGGUCCACCCACACCUAUCAGCCAGCUUAUCUUUUCCUAUUGCAAAUAUGAAAACCUGUUUCAAAGUAGAGUAGGAAAAAAAAAAACUAUUUGUCUGACUUGUCGUAGUUCCCAGUGGGUUUCUUCCUUGUUGACAGUUGGGAGUUUCUUCCCUGUCCCUUUUGAACUAAUGACAUGGUCUUUUUCAAACAGCCAGAGCUGAUUCCGCAGUUUUGAGUCUGACUCUGAGCUCCGCUGCUGUCUGAGCUAGUCCUGGUGCCUCGCCAUUUAUUCUUCUGUCCACUUAUGUACACAAGAGCAGUUUCUCUAAAGCGAUAGGCUGUAAAAAUGCACUUUCUUUCCCCACCCAGAAGAGAUGGGAAUUCAGAAGUUAUGACAACAAACUCAGCAUGCUAGGACAGUUAUUGGACACCAUCCCUUACGAAUAUCAUAGAGCAUCUGUAUGGAUUCCGACAGAAGAUUCUCCUGGGUUUCUUUUCUUUUCUGUUGUCAGAUUCAUUUUAAUUGGUGUAGCUAGUGGCAUUUAAUUCUUUGGAUUUUGUAUGAUUAAAAUACAUGAUUGUGUGUUGUGACCAUGAA